AUGGCUCGAUCAGGCGAACCCUCUCGAUCUCAAUCCACCUCUCGUAGAUCCGACGAGCUCUUUGCCGCAUUCAACGGUCCAGCUGAUACCGAUCCUGGGUUACCAGGAUGCAAGGGAGCUAGUUCUUCAAAUAGACGCUCGACUGAUGUGUUCUUCGAUGCUGGUGAUGCACUUCCCGCACUGGACUCACACCAUGACAACAACACCAGUGCCACAGACAGCGACCCUUUAGGUGCAAAUAGAGCAAAUACAGCAUCCAGCGCUUCUGCUCCAUCCACUUUCCGACAACCAGCCCUUUUCAACCGCACUGGCGCUACACCAGCGUACGACUUUGAAAGGCCGGAAUACUUUCCUAUCGUUACAAGGAGACCUCCACCUACGAGCUCUCGUCCUGAUGCUGCCAACCACGGCACUGCCGAUGCAAAUGCAUCCUCGAAUGGAAACAGCAACAGCAACAGUGCGCACCAAACAACGAUAGACAUGGAAGGGGACGAUUCAAUGCACUCAGCUGGAGGCGGGGGAAGUGGUGUCACUCGCAACGGAUACAGUUCUUUACCUACCUCAUUCAGUGGAGGAGAAGCCGUCGCCGGAGGUAGCACUCAUGAUGAGAACAUGUCGAGAUCCGAUCGCUUGCGCUUUGCACUUGGUCGAUUCGGUCGGUUUGUCGGAAUGGGCAUCCCUGGAGCCCGCUACUCCUCUCUCUCGCAGCAAGAUGGUAGUCGAGCCGGCGUCCACCGACCGCGCCUUGUCGGCGGAGGCAUCGGUCAAGACGGUGUAUUCGCCAAUCUCAGUGCUAAACCAGAACGUCGUCGUCGAGGUCAAAACACCGGCACCACCGACGACCGCGGCGACGACGACGAUUUGGAAGACGACGCACAACCACCCACCUACGAGAUCGCAGCCGCCGACGCAGUGCCGCAGUACUGGGAGACUACGAUUUUGGGCGGAAGUGUACAUCCGCUCGCCAACGGAUUAGGUUGGGUCCCUGGAGGAGCGCAUGUUGGUGCGAUAGAGGAUUUGAUUGUCGAAGGUCUAGCAGUGGGCAAUCUGUUUGGAUUUGCAUGGAACUUGUUAGUUUCGAUGACGUUCCAGUUUGUUGGCUUUUUGCUGACGUAUUUGUUGCAUACUACGCAUGCUGCGAGAUGUGGAAGUCGUGCGGGCUUGGGGGUUACGCUGAUUCAGUAUGGGUUUUAUUUGAGGACGAGGGCAAGCGAGAUGGCCGAGGGCAAGAUUGUGGAUACCAGUGGAGGGUUUGGGUCGGGGGGAGCUAUUUCUCCUGGUCCAGGCUCGGCUGGGUGGUUUGGUGAGGAUCUGGCCGAUACCCAAGAUGAAGGCGGGGCGAGGAGGAGGAGAGGGUGGAUUUCGCGUGCUCAGGUUCAACCGGAUGGUGGUGCGACACUGGCGGAUUUGUUUGCAGCACAAGCAGAUGGUCAACCGGUGAAUGUGGAGGCAAGUAUCAGCGAUUCGAUGAGUCAAUCGACCGAAUGGUUGGCAUAUGUGUUGAUGGUUUUGGGUUGGACGAUCUUGCUUUCGAGUAUGCUGAGCUAUUGGAGGAUUUGGAGGUGGGCCAAGUCGCUCGUCGAUGCUGCGCAUAGAGAACAAGAGUCGUCCGACCCGCCGCAAGAGACAAGUAGUGGGGAGACAGCGGAUGCAACGAGUAUCGUAAACAGAUUCAGAUCUCUUUUCGGCUCAAGAGAUGGGAAUGGAGCUGGAUCGGGAGAAGAUUGGGUUCUGUUCCCUGGUAUUGGUCAUCGAUUAGGUAGAUCAGGCGGCGGCGGUGGUGGUAGCGGGAGUGCAAGAGAUCAUCCAACAAGUAUCGCCGAUCUGGAAGAUGAUGACGGCUUGGAUACGGAAGAUGCUACUCUCAACCCGGCGGAAAGAAGGUUGUUGGCCGAUAUGAGGAGAGUUGGUCUUGCCUAG